UUUUUUCUUGUUUAAACAUGGAAGUUCCAUUGUCAACUUGGCCAUGGGGCAACUUGGGAAGUUUCAAGUAUUUACUAUAUGGACCUUUGCUUGCAAAAUGGUUAUACUCAAGAUAUCAAGAAGACAAUAUCAAGGAAACAUGGUGUCUACAUAUUCUCAUUAUAUGUUUACUUAGAAGCAGCAUGCAUCAUACCUGGAAUGCUUUCAGUAGCAUGUUGUUCUUGACUCGAAAUAGACGAAUAAACAAGGAUGGUGUUGGUUUUAAGCAAAUUGACAAUGAGUGGGACUGGGAUAAUUUCAUAUUGCUUCAUGGUAUAAUGGGUUCAAUAGUUUUCUACAUGCUUAAAGACCUAAUCAAUAUUCCUUUAUGGGAUUUCAAAGGAUUUUUGGCUGUUGCAAUUCUCCAUAUAGCAAUUUCAGAACCCCUUUAUUAUUUCUUGCAUAAAAAAUUUCAUGGAAGCUAUUUAUUCAACCAUUAUCAUUCACUUCAUCACUCCUCACCUGUACUCCAACCCUUUACAGCUGGACAUGCUACACUUUUGGAACACAUUAUAUUAGCUGCAGUGAUGGGAAUUCCAAUUUUAGGAACUUGUUUGAUGGGAUAUGGAUCAAUAAUUAUGAUAUAUGGUUAUAUAUUGAUCUUUGAUUGCUUAAGAUGUUUGGGACAUAGCAAUUUUGAAAUUAUUCCUCAUCAACUAUUUCAAGCAUUUCCUACUCUUAAAUAUCUCCUUUACACCCCAACGUAUCACAGCUUACACCACACAGAAAUGGGGACCAAUUAUUGCCUCUUUAUGCCACUUUUUGAUGUUUUAGGAAAUACCCUUAACCCAAAAUCAUGGGAAAUGCACACAAAAUUAAGUCUUGAAUCAGGCAAAAAUGGGAGGGUGCCAGAUUUUGUAUUUUUGGCACAUGUAGUGGAUUUAACAUCAGCAAUGCAUGUUCCAUUCCUAUUCAGAUCAUUUGGGUCAAAACCAUUCAGUACAAGGCUCUUCUUGCUUCCUUUAUUGCCCUUUGCUUUUGUAGUUAUGUUGGUUAUGUGGGCAUAUUCCAAGGUCUUUUUGAACUCUUUCUACAACUUAAGGGGUCGAUUGCAUCAAACUUGGGUGGUUCCUCGCUUUGGUUUUCAGUAUUUCCUGCCAUUUGCAGCUGAAGGGAUUAAUAAUCAAAUAGAACAAGCAAUCCUUAGAGCUGAUAGAUUGGGAGUCAAA